AGUAGUAGUAUAGUAGUAUAGUAGAGUAGUAUAGUAGUAGAGUAGAAUAGUAUAGUAGUAUAGUAGAAUAGUAGAUUUUCUGCGAAAAUUCGUUCAUUUUCCCGAUACAAUAUUCACACUGAUUAAAAGUUUAACUGACUAAUUGAAACGACUAAUUAGACUCGUCGCGUUCGUAACUUAGGCGAUGCAAGCGCGCGACGAGUCUCAGUCGUCGACUGUACCAAAAGAGUUAAUCUGUAUCUGUAUCGAGCGUCUUCCUAUCAGAAUCGACUGCGAUAACGCGAGGAACAGUCGGAGAUCGAAGUGUUGCCUCGAUUCCACGAUGCGAGCAAAUCAAAAUAGAACAGUCUCCGAAUCGAGCGCAGUUCGCGGACCAAAAAAAUGACUCUCUCUCUUUCUCUCUCUCUCGACAAACUAAUCGUCGCGAAGGGCCAAAGGGAAUCGGUCGACCGCUUCCCCUAAUCUCAGCUUCUUUGCAGCGCGCAGCACAGCCAAUAACGCCACAGAAUCCGAGAAGUGGGCGGGAUUAGCCGGCGAUUUCGCGCCUCGCGUCGGCUAGUUCGCGAACCGGAUGCCUAUAUUUUGGUUUUCGGCGUGUCUCGGUUAAUGGGACGAGGACAAUCCGAAUGGAGAAAGGGUCAACAGCUGGCCGGAGAUAACGCAGAGGCUGCGAGCGACCGCUCGGCGCCGCUCGAACCAGUCCGCUCCGAGACAGCGUCGGGCGGCGAACAGCGCGCAAGGUCGACAACCAAGAAGACCUGCGUAGGACGGAUCGACUUGGCGGGGACCGAGAACGUUGCAUAAUGCUUGCGGAUAUUGACUGCGAAUGAUAGAGAGAAGUCGGCGAUUCCGCGGAGAGGAACCGUCGUACGAGCGAGGAAGGCGCGGCGACCAGAGCACACCAUGCACGGACACCCGGACUGGCGGAGUUCCGCGGCAAUAACAUGCUCUCUGGCGGUGAUCGCCGCGGCUGUCGUCUGGAACAUGCGACGGAACUGUUCGUCGAAGAAGAAGAAACCGGUGGAGAGCUGCGAGAAGUCGUCGACGGUCCAGGAGAACGGUAACGGCGUCGUCGCGAAUAAGAACGUCGACGAUACCCAUCGCAGGAGCGACGACAUUCCCGAAUUACCGGACCCGAAAUGGACGAAGGUAGGUGAGGUCGAAGAGCUGUACGUCUACCCGAUGAAAUCUGGCCGCGGGAGGAGCCUCGGCGAGUGCGAGUUCACCGAGUUCGGCAUCUGCAUCGAGAGCCAGGGGAAGUUCGCUCUUCGGGAUCGAAUGUUUCUAGUGUACAGCGAGGAAACCGGCCGCUUCGUCACCGGCAGGAAGUACCCGACCAUGAUCCUAGUGACCCUGUCCGCGGUGGAUGAGCAGAAAGUCAAGCUGGAAGCCGUGGGGAUGCCCAGCGUGGUCUUCGGCGUGCCUAAAAACGCCGAGGAGAACGUCGAAGCCGUGCAGUGCACCAUGUGGUGGGGGGAACCGGUGAAAUGUAUCGAUUGUGGACCGGAGCCAGCCGAGUGGCUGUCAAGAUUUUUAACCGGUACGAGUUCCGGGCUGCGAUUAGGCUACUCGACGAUGGACAAACGGGACUUGAGCAUCUGGUCGAAAUUCACCGAGGUGUACAGCAAUCUCCACGCCGAGGACACUGGUUUGUUCAGCGACUUGGCCAGCUACAUGCUGAUGUCCACGAAGUCUGUCGAGGCACUGAACGAGAAACUUGAGCGACCGGUGCCCGCGCUACAGUUCCGUCCGAAUAUCGUGGUGUCGACGACGGAGGCGUUCGCCGAGGACAACUGGGAAUGGAUCAAGAUCGGCAACAAGGCUGUUAUUAGGAACGUGAAGCCUUGCACGAGGUGCAAGUUCAUUCUCGUGAAUCCGGAAACCGGCGACGCGGAUGCAGACGAGCCUCUUAGAACCUUGAAGAGUUUCCGCCAACCGACAGAUUCGAGCAGGAUCGCGGUGGAGGGACAGGCCCCGCUCAUAGGAAUACUUUGUGGCGCCUACAUUCCCGGAAAAGUGAAGGUCGGCGACGGCGUGUACGUUCACGGUGCCGAGGACUCGGUCAAACAGAAUCGUCAAGACGCCUCGAGCUAGAGUUUACGAGCUAUCUCAGAAGAACUCUUCACUCACACUGCCUUCGCUUCCGAAAAUAGAUAAUCUUACCGAUCGUUGUACUGGUCACGUUUCCCUGACAAUGGGAACGGCACCUCGGUUGACAAUACCAUAUAGACUGUAUUUGAUAAUAAAUCGUUGCCGUUGAAUACGAACGAGAACAGUUGCUGCGGGUAUGAUGGUCGAAUUCUGUUCGACUCGUUGUAGAAUAAAGUGUAAUUUUGUACAAGC